AUGACCAAUCCGAAGAGGCGGCGCCUGGUUGUCAGGCAGGUUUGUAAGAGUUCGGGCCAAUUGGAGGCGCAGACACCCCUCGACCCGGGCGCAGCGCGCAGGCGGUGGCGAAGAGACGCCGAGCGGGCCGAGUGCGGCCGAGCAAAGCCGGAGCCGGAGCGGGGCCGCAGGAGCCGGGCUGGGUCCGGACGGGCCGAGAUGCCCUAUAAACUGAAGAAGGAGAAGAACAACCCCCCNCUCUUGGACCUGUUUGACAGCGAGGAUCCUCGAGAGCGGGACUUCCUCAAGACCAUCUUGCAUCGCAUCUAUGGCAAGUUUUUGGGACUCCGGGCUUACAUCCGUAGGCAGAUCAACCACAUCUUCUACAGGUUCAUCUAUGAGACAGAGCAUCACAACGGGAUUGCUGAGCUCCUGGAGAUCCUGGGCAGCAUCAUCAAUGGCUUUGCCUUGCCCCUUAAGGAAGAGCACAAGAUGUUCCUUAUCCGAGUCCUACUUCCCCUUCACAAGGUCAAGUCCCUGAGUGUCUACCACCCUCAGGUGAUUGUGGGACUUCUCAAGUUCUGGCCCAAGACCCACAGCCCCAAGGAGGUGAUGUUCCUGAAUGAGCUAGAGGAGAUUCUGGAUGUCAUUGAGCCUUCAGAGUUCAGCAAAGUGAUGGAACCACUCUUCCGCCAGCUUGCCAAGUGUGUCUCCAGCCCCCAUUUCCAGGUGGCAGAACGUGCUCUCUAUUACUGGAACAAUGAGUACAUCAUGAGCCUGAUUAGUGACAAUGCUGCCCGGGUCCUCCCCAUCAUGUUCCCUGCACUCUACAGGAACUCCAAGAGCCACUGGAACAAGACAAUCCAUGGACUGAUCUACAAUGCCCUGAAGCUGUUUAUGGAGAUGAAUCAGAAGCUGUUUGAUGACUGCACACAACAAUACAAGGCGGAAAAGCAGAAGGGCCGGUUCCGAAUGAAGGAAAGAGAAGAGAUGUGGCAAAAGAUCGAGGAGCUGGCCCGACUUAAUCCCCAGUAUCCCAUGUUCCGAGCCCCACCGCCACUGCCUCCUGUGUACUCAAUGGAGACGGAGACCCCCACAGCAGAGGACAUCCAGCUUCUGAAGAGGACGGUGGAGACAGAGGCCAUGCAGAUGCUAAAGGACAUCAAGAAGGAGAAAGUGCUGCUUCGGAGGAAGUCAGAGCUGCCCCAGGAUGUGUACACCAUUAAGGCACUGGAGGCGCACAAGCGGGCGGAAGAGUUCUUAACUGCCAGCCAGGAGGCUCUCUGACGCCCUCGCCUUCCCUCCAUAGGGCCACAGCCCACUCAGCCCUGGGACGCCGCCCUAGCCCUCCACCCUCUGCUCCCCACUGGCUGACAUGGGGCAAGGCAGUACCUCUCUAGCUACUCUAGGGAGGGUGAUGCGGCACUUGAAGCAGGGACACCCACAGAGUGGUCCCUCUUCUCCCCCAAAUGUGUUCAUGCCUCCCUGUGGCUAGUACAGACGAGCUGAGCACCGAGACGCUCAGUGCUCAGACAACUGGGGAGGCCUGUCCCCCUCCUGCUCCUAACCCCACAGCUACCUGAGGCUGCUCAGAAAUACACACAGGAAUACAUAUGCUCCUCUCCUCUUCCAUUCACCCUCAUUGGAACUCCAGGGGUCUCCUCUCCCUCCCCUGCAGAGGCAUACAGGGAGCAGCAGGAGAUUCUUCUCACCAAAGUUAUGUCAAGCCCCAUUGGCCCCUGGAGUCAGUAGCUGGAGGGGUGCCAAUCCCCAACAGCACAAAGAGGCCCCCCAACCCCAGCAGUGCGCAGGCUGAGGGGGCUGUAUUAUUUCUUCUUACCCCCUGCCUGACCAAGACCACAUGGGAGGUCAAACGGAGAAACACAUAGGCUAUGGACAAUAGGUGAUGAAUAAAGGGCCCAGAUGGACCAAGAGAGGGGAUGAGCAAACACCCUACCCUGUGCCCCUUCGUUGGUAAGCAGCCCUGGGAUCACAGACAUGGAAGGGACCACCUGGGGCUGACUGCUUUCCUGUGCUGGUGGUUCCCAAAGUUAGGAGGAAGGAAGCAGGGAGCAGUGCCCCAAGCAUGGCUCCCCCCAACACCUAUUUAUUUCCUUGGUUGUGCUAAUGCUGGGCAGGCCCUCACUUGUCCCUUUCAGGUACCAUGGAGGGGCAAGGGGCUUAGGAGGGCCAGACCCGGGUCCCAGGGGCACAGGCAGUGCAGCUUUUGGCUGUGUACAUAGGGUGCUUUAUUCUCCAGAGUGAUACAUGCUAAGGUGGGUUGGGCUUGGGCCGAUGUCCCCAUAUGUACAGAACUGAAUAAAGUGGGUCUCUGAGAA